GGUUCUCAGCCAUGAACACCGGCGACAGAGACACUGAGGUGGAGGAAGCAGGACAGGUUUUCCUGCUUAUGAAGAAAGAAUAUCGGAUUUCGCGCAAUGUGAGAUUAGCUUGGUUUCUCAGCAAGCUCAACCAAUACAUUCGACCAACGCCACAGUCUGAGCUGAUCACAUCUGACAAUGAGCUGGAUAUUCUCAGUAUCCUCCCAAAAGGCUGGCAGUCAGAUGAGACUGUUGGCAUUCACACCUACCAGCUUGUGCCCUCUUCUUACAUUACAUUUCUUGCACGGCGAUACCGCUUUGUUAUUGAGCUGGACCUCAGUCCAUCUACAGGAAUUGUGGAUGAUUCCACAGGAGAAUUGAUUUUCGAUGAAGUGUUUCAUGCACUUUCAAGGUGUCUCAUGGAGUUAUCACGACCCUUCAAAAUACCGGGUACAGAUGUAAUGUUUCAGCCAGAAAUCUUCAUUACUAUUCUUGCUUACUCGUCCAUCAUUGGAUUGCAAACUCAUCAGGUUCUUGUACAAGGUUGUCUGCUGGAUCAAAUUAACCUGGAGACCUUCCUUCAGAACAUUUAUCUGCAGCUAAGAGCAUUUGAAAACAAUGUGGCUGAGGUUCUUCAGCAACACUACAAUCCCAAAGUACAGUCCGACAGAUCUGUUUUAUCCCAAGGGGAUGCAAAUGAUGUCUACUAUGAACAACCUUCACGAAAAAUGACUUUUUCCAUGGUAACGUCUGAUAUGGGGCUUGUCAACAUGAUCCGCAAUGGCAUCCUGGCACUUCAGUUACUUCCAUCCAAUUCCAGUGCAGGUAUAAUUAUCAUCACUGAUGGUGUGACAAGUGUACCAGAUGUUGCAGUGUGUGAAACGUUACUAAACCAACUGCGCUGUGGCACAAUCGCCUGUUCCUUCAUACAGGUUGGAGGUGUGUACUCGUAUGACUGCAGCUUUGGUUAUGUACCAAAUUUGGAGCUGAUGAAGUUUAUUGCAAUGGCAACAUUUGGAUCCUACAUGUCUACAUACCCUGAAAUCACUGAAGGUUGUCUCAGUAUGAAUGCGUACCACAAGGCAUUUCUGCUGUACAGUUUCUUGAGACCUGGAGAGCCUAUGAACCCAGAGUAUUACUGUGCUUCGCAGCACAAAGUGUUCAAUGAGCACCUGGUAUCCGCCAGCAGCAAUCCUGCAUUAGCUAUGAGACGAAAGAAGCACACUGAGAAAGAAGUGCAUGCAGACCUGAUCAGUGUGGUAUCUGUUCGACUGCGUGAAGGCUACACUGUCAAAGAAGUUAACUUCACUAAAGGAGGUGCCCAGUUGGAAGUGAAGCUGAUGUUGCUGUGGAAACACAACAUGAGAAUCGAAUACUUGGUGGUAGCCUCGUGGCCGCUGGAUCCAGGCAAACGCAUGACCUGGGUGGAGGUGACCAUGGAGGGCAGCUAUGACAUGCUCCAUGAUAUUAGCUGUACGAUGAGGAAACCAAUAACGAGUCCAUAUCGAACGACAGUUAUCCGCCGUUUUUGGAACACUCUGCAAAGUAUCAAUCAGACGGAUCAGAUGCUGGUUCAUCUCAAAUCCUUCAACACUAUUCCUGAACACUACACUAUACCAGAGAGCACAAAGAAUGGUGUCCCACUGUUCUACAUUCCUCCAGGAUCUACCACACCGGUGCUCUCACUGCAGCACAGUGGAUCCAAGGACUCCAGCCAAUCACAGUUUUCCUCUUACUGGAAGCCUGUUCUCUCCAUGGACGCCAGCUUCUGGCAGCGGUGGCUUCACAUGCAUCGCAUUGGCAUCCUGCUGGAACAUGACAUUCCAUUGCCAAAGCACAUCCACACAACAGGGAGUAAUGGCCGAUACAGUACCAUCCAGUGUCGCAUCUCUCUUUCUGCAUUAACUUCUCUCCUACGAGACUGGAGCAGCUUUGUGUUAGUCGAAGGAUAUUCCUAUGUUAAACUCCUUUACAAUGGUCUGGAUCAACCUCCUUCCUCUUUUUACCUUGUACGGAUUAUUUCCAAAGCUCCAUGCAUGGUCCUUCGUUUGGGAUUUCCUAUUGGAACACAAGCACAGGCAAGAAAUAAGAUUGUGGACGGGCUGCGAGAUCAGAUUCUCUCACUACGUUUUCCACAGCGGGUACAGAGCAAAGAAGCAACGCCAAAAAUCAAGAGGAAACUCCUGGGAAAUGGCUCCCCUUCAAAGUCUCCCCCGCUUCCUACCACACAACUGGCUCUCUCUGACCGUCCUUGUGUUGUUAUACUGAAAAAACCAUUGGAAAAGCUGCUCAUUAGGUAUGAGAAGCUCCCCUCAGACUAUCGAAUUCCCUUUAUCUUGAACCUGGAGAGUUUUGGACAUUCAGCAUCUAUGCCAGGAUCCACUACCAUGACAGCCAAUCGCACAGCCUCCUCUACCCUCGCUUCCCUUUCUCGUUACUUCUACCAUCAGCGCUGGGUAUGGUCUGUGCAGUCCAGUCUGGGUCCAUCAGUGCCCAUCACUUCAGUGGCACAGAUAUUGUCUACUCUCACAGAAGUUCGUCUGUCAGAAGGGUUCCAUUUUGCAGCUACUGGAGAUGGCAUUGUCACUAUGGUUAUCGAGCUCCCCAUAAAGGGAAAUUGCGAUGAAGAUGAGGAGAUCCAUACAUGCCUAGUCCAGUAUAUCAUCUUCCCACCUCACUCUACAUCCACUAAAGACAGUUUCUCCACGGACGACGACAAUGACACAGAAGUGGAGGCAAUCGAACUUGAUACUGAGUUGAACUUGGUGACUGAAUGCUGGGUGGAGCCUCAGUGUGGCCAUGUGGUCACCUCUGCUGAAAGUCGGAAACAUUUGAAUGGAUUGUCAUAUUUAGACAUCCCAAAAGCAAUGUAUCCACGAGACCAUGUCUGUAUAUCUACCAUGUUGGCUUUUGAACAUUUAAACCAACUUUGUCAGAAUAAAGACUACAUCUUGCCAAUCUGGGGACCAAGGAGCACAGAAGGAGAUUAUGAUGGGGACAAUGAUUUCAUCCGAAUGAUACCUUUCCAGUUCGAUCUGAUGAAGCUUUUACCAAAGUGCCAGCAAAUCGAGCUGUUUUUCCACACUUUUAGUAAAGCAGAGGAUGACGGGAGUACAGACGAAACUUCCUCUUUACCCAAUGAGAUUUUAUUAAACCUCUUCCACAGCUGUCUACAACAGGACCUCAGUGACCGGGAAUUGUCAUUAGCUGAUUCUGAUCAUCUAACUUUGAUGGAACAAAUUGUGCAGCGUGAUCGGGAUGGCCACCCUAUCCCUUUCGUACUACCAGUUGUAAAAGAAGAGCCAGUGAAAGUGACCAAGAAGCCGGAGAGACCAGAUACCAUGAUGUCCUUACAUACUCUUGGGAGCAACAAAGAAGUCAUGGGGUCAACCAGCACCUUGCAAAGUGUAGGUAAUGCUGAGAUGACUGAGGAGACUGUAAUCCCACCCGAGAGUGAGAGCGUGCCACAGUGGAGAUGUUAUGCCAAGUCGAUGAAUUCACAGCAAAUCUUUCUCACUUUCCUGCCAGCUACUUUUGCAGAUGUGCAACAACUGAUGGUUCCUCCAAUUGACAGAAGUGCAAAGCAUGAUAGACCAGGGGAGGAGGUUCUCCAAGUAGAACUAACAGAGUCAGUGUUGAGCGAGUGCGCCAGAUCAUUCAGUGCAGCGUCAGCCGAACAGAAAUCUGAUGUGUCUACUGUUGGAGAAGUAAUUGAAAGUGAUGUUGGUCAAACUUUGAAGAAUUGUGGCACUCGAGGAAGUUUCGUGCCAUCAUUGCAUUCCCCAGGACUCGAAAAUCAUUCCCCCAGACCCACCCCACUGUCACCAACUCUGGCAGAUAGUGAAACGUCUCUAGCUGACCUUGAAAAUGGGAAACUCCAACUCAGUGCAGAAAUGAUAAAGGAACGAGUGGAGUUCAGUUUACCUCCAAAGAAAGAUUUUCACAUCACAUUCAGCCAAAGGACAUCUCAGAUCGACCCCUCUGAUGUCAACCGUCUUCACUGUCCGGUUUACGUAUAUAAUUGUUCUCUGGACUCGUUGAGAGAGCAGCUUGUGAAUCCUUGUGCUGAUCGACCUACUCGGGACUUGUAUUUCAGAUUUCAAGACAAUGUUUCCUGGGAAAUGUGUCCGGAUUUGAAAAACAGGUCACUCUCUCAUGAACGGCCAGCAAACUCCCCCUGGAUCGAUCCAAUAUCCCGUCACCAUAAGAACAAAGAGCUUUCCAAUUAUUGCAGCUUGCUGCAGGAACAUUACCACCAGUGUUAUGCAAAAGGUGUGUUUAGGAGUUUGCAGCAAUCUUAUUAUAUCAGCUCCCAGGACCUCUUAACAGCCAUGGACUACUGUGAGGAGUCGCUGCAGGAGAUUGACAUCACCAAUUUCCUGCAGACACUGUGUGGACAUAUUCGUUCAUUCCGUGAGAGUCAUGACCUGCAACUUUGGAACGAUCAUGAGUCUAACCCAACUACAUUUGUCAUUAGAGGAGCAGAUCGUGAGAAUGAGAGGGUUCAGAGGGGCAUUCUAGCUUCCACUUCAAGCAUAGAAACUGAAGACUUUGGCGAGCAUGAUUUGAAGAGUGUGGCAUCUCCAGUGAUUCAGGAAGAAGUAAAAGUGAAGAAAAACUAUCCGGAAUUCCAUCUCUCACUUCUGCAGUCCAGCCAGCAGUGUGAGGUUUACCCUAACCUUCACAAAAUCAUUCAGGACAAGUUUCUGGAGAUUUGUCGACAAUAUUUCAAGACCGUGCCUUCAAACCCCUACUAUUUCUUCUACUGUCCAACUUCAGCUAAGAAAGAGGAAGAAAUUCUUCAAGAAGAAGGAGAACGAAAACGGAAUGAAGACAAUGAUCUAUCCGAGUUGGAGGUUACAGGAGAAGAGGGCAAUACGUCUGGAUGCUGUGUUGUGACUGAGAGCGAUCCAGAUCUAGAAGUAGAAUAUCGGGAAAAACUAUCUGACAAGGAUUGCCUGGAUGCAGACUCUCUCUCCGAUACUAACACUGUGAACAGGGAUGAUGAUUCAUUCAGUGUUCUUGGGGGAGAUUCUUUAAAUGAACAAGACUUUGCUGAUCAGGAAAUGCCGCCACUAUUUAUCCACCUUACCUGCUCACUCAGUGGGAAGAAACCCCAUGGGUCCCUGCCAGUGGAGUCUAUACCAGUGGAGUCACUACCCACAUGUCUUGGUGAAAUUAUUGGCUGCCUGCAGAAUUAUCCCGUCAGAUCUGUUGAUCUAAAUGACCUGGUUAUCACUCUGGACAUAUUUGUACUGACUCUUCCUUUAGAGAUUGAGGAUAUGACCUCUCAAAUAACACAUCACAGAUACACCUCUGACAGUAGCACCUCUAUGAAUCGGUCGCCUGGACAACCGUCAUCAUACCGCUCCGACGAUGACAUCAUGCAGAAUCUGGAUCGCAUUGCCUCAACUACAGAUGAGAGGAUUUCAGAAGCACUAUCUGAUCCACUGUCCAAACUGCCUACUCUGCACAAACAGGCUGUCCUGGCUACAAUGGAUGAGAUUCACUGGCUCCUGGAAGAUGAGAUUGUUUCUGCCCUGCGCCAUUCAACAAAUAUUACUUUGGCCACUCUUACGAAAAUUUCUGACCACGUGUACAGGUCAAAGGGCAGGCCACGAUGCCAUAGUGAAGUUGUUCCUUUACAGUUUGUUUUCGGUCCAGACCAGUCGCUGGAGAAAUUUAAAGAGGAGUUCAAGCGAAUGAAUCUUCCAGGGUAUCUCCUGAAUGAUGAAGAAGAUAACUUCUACUAUGUGUCUGUGAGCCGCCUGCAUGCCCAUAGAAUAGAAACAGCACAGAAACUAUCCACGAAGCUGGUGCAGGACAGACUGGAAACUGAGUUUGUGACCGUGGCUGCCCAAUCCGAUGAGAGUGCGGAUGCCGAAGUAGCUCUGAUCUGCCGUCAACGUCAAGAAAGUGGCAACAAACAAAUUAGCACUUGUGAAGCGACUGUGACGUCAUUAGGGAAUGAAGGAGAGCAAAAUGAAGAGAAAUCCCAGAUUGCACAAGAUGAAAUGAAACCAGCCUUGGAGAAAAUAGGGAGAGGUGUAUUGGCAAAUGGAACAGGUCUUGCACCAAUGGAACCGGUCGAGGAGAGUGUCGAUGGAAAAAGCUAUGCCCCUACCGCCCAAGUAGAUCCACUGGAACGUGUAUUUACAGUAAUCAAGUCUGAGCGAUCACAAACUAACACACCUCAGUUACAAUUGAGCCCAGGGCCAGAGAAAUUGCACACGGCAAAUCCACCAUCACAAACCUCCUCUGCUCCUUUGAGUCUCUCAGAGUCUGUGCAGUCCAGUAUACCUUGCAAUACAAGCAGUUUCAAGUACAGACCAAGUCGAGUGCAAAGUGUGGUUUCCAGUCAAGGCAGCCUAGAUUCUGAUCUUUUAGGUUAUGAUGGCGGCAGCAGUGACUCCGAGUGUGAAGGAGCCACAAUGAAUGAGCAAGACCCCAAGUGCCCUCUGAUGCCUGAAUUUUGGUUGAUCAUUAAAAUUCACCAGGACCGGGUUGAAAUUUAUUCUCACACACGGAAUCUUAUUGGAGCAAAGAAUGAAUUUGUAGCUGAAGAAGAAGAAGAACCAGAAUACUUGUGUCUCUAUCGAACAGUCAUUAAAAAAAUUGGCGAGAUCUGCCGUGUAGUUAAUCAGCGUUUGCUGCUUCAAGACCUGCAUGACAGCCAUGUAUGCAAUUCGCUGCUGGUAGCUGAGAGUGAGGAGGAUAUCUGGAAGAAUGAAACACCCUACACUUCCUACCGCCAGAGGACUAUUACUAACGAUGAUUAUUCUGCAGAUGACAGCUACCAGCCGAGGGAUUACUUGGCGGCCACGAUGCAGUUUAUACCAGGCCAUUUUGCAUGUGAAGUGGUGUGGAAGACCAUCAUACACAUCCAUCCUCGACUCAAGAUGGGACCCAACAUGGGUGUUUCAAGAGCUAUUCAGGCCCUGAGAUCUGUCCUAAAUGCCUUCUCGGUUGUGAACAGGAAGAAUAUGUUUGUGUAUCAGGAAAGGGCCACGAAAUCUGUGUUUUACCUCCGACUUUCUGAAACAACAUGCACUGGAAAUACAGCAGACAUGGACAGAGAGGGCCAACCAAUGCUCUCCUCUCGUUCACUGGCUCUAACACGCAGCCAGGAGCCCAUAUUUGUGGACGAACUGGGGGCCAACAAACCCUCCAUAGAUCCCUUGUCCUCCCGGAACACGGAGUCAUCACGACCUGUCGGGCAAGUAGAUAAACACAUUCUGCUGAUGGUACACGGUGUUGGACAGGCAGGUCCAGAAAUUACAGAUGAACUGGUAAAGGUUCUGCGAAGGCGAUUGGAUGAGGCCACUCUUGAUAUCAUCACAGUCAUGCUGGUCAGGAACUGCAAACUCACUCCCGCUGACGUAGAGUUUAUUCAGCCACCUGGUAUGCCUCCAACAGAAGUAGUGCAGUUCACAAUUCCACACUGCUGUCUACCUUGGCUGCAUGCCGUUGCAUACUACCUGCGUCAGAAUCUCUUGAUCUUCCUCCAUACACCAAAAUAUACAGACAGCAAUGUGGAGCAUCAUUUUCAGCAUUACACUCGUGGCAAAAAUGUAUCUGAUGCAGACAUCUAUCUGUAUAAUAAACCGGGUGGUCAAGGCACUGGUGGGAAAGGCAUUGCCUGCAUUGCCCUGUCCAUUGUGGAUCAGCAGGGAAACCCUUUGCAAAUGACACAGCGGGAACGAACAGACUCUUCAAAACUAUGUCUUGCCAUGGAUCUCAUCCAGGAGACAGACUUCAGGAAGUUGACCAGUGUUUCCAGAUAUGAAAGGAACUCUGAAGGUAAACUACCAGAUACAAACACCCUUGUACGGUUUGAUAUCUGGGAACAGGGAAACAUCAGCCUGCUGCAGCUCACUGACAAACUUCGCAAUGCUCUCCGCCACGCUCUUUGUGAUGCCGUCAUGGAAUUUCGAGUGCUCCAGUGCCCGCUCUGUGUGGAGUCCUACUGCCCAGUCAUGCUCGCAUCAGAGACUGACUUCAGCAGUGGUCGAGCCAGCAAGCCAGGGUCAGAGAUUAGGGAAACGAUCAGCUUCUCUGCUAGUAUUAUUGAAAGUAAAAGCAGCCCAGUGCCCUUUCACCCAUAUGUACCCAUAUCAGCCUCCACCACAAGUAAUCCAGAUUCCACCACUCCAACAAGCAAAACAAGCCGUCGUAGUUUCUGGGACUUGCUGAGUAAGACUGAUUUUUCAGACAUCGCCUCUCCCAAGACCACUGAUGACAUUGUCCUGGAAAAGUCUGAUGACAGCCGGAUUCGUCGCAGGCACAAAACAGAACAUUUGAAGCAACCCUCAAGUGCUGAGCGAGUAUCUGCAACAGAACUGGAGCAGUCACAAAGGCAGGCAGCAACCAGAAGGAGGCGCACUGGCCAGUUGGAAGAAGGAGACUUGGGCUCUCUUCAUCAGCUCUUCCACGGCACAUGUCAACAGUGGAUGGCCUUCAUGGAUAGACUGGGAUGUCCUUCAGUACAGCAAUGCUCUGUUGAUAUCGGCUCCCGGUUUCUACUCAGCUCCAUACUCACAGAGAUUGAAAAUUUGGUCAGCAGUCUUGCUAUCGACACAAUGGUCAAGAUUUUUGAGAAAAUCAGCUCUCCACAUGGUCCCACUUUCCUGCCGUACUUGCUCAGCCAGCACUCCAGUACUCGUCCUGGUUCUGCCAGGCAAUUCAUUCUGAUUGGGCGCAAUUUCCAUCAGUGGCGUUACAGUACUGAACAAGUGAACAUUGAUGGUGAUGAAAAUGCAUCUUUGUUAAAUAGUGUGAAACCUCACAAGGGGUUUCAGAGAUUUGAGGCCAUGGAGUUCAGUGAUCCUUCAACCCCAGGGAUUAGCAGCAAAGGUGUCGUCCCACGACAGCGAUUCCUCAUAAUUGAUAUCAUCGACAAGAAGCUAACCUUGUACACCUAUAACUGGUCAGUGGAUCUAGGAGCGUCAUUAAACCGAGGACUUACUCGCCUUAUUCAGUGGCAGAAUGCUCGUUCACAUGUGGUACACUGUCUCCUCAGCCAAAAGAUGGGACUAUUCCAUCACUAUCUCUUUGCUGAUACACCUGUAUACGAUGAUUCCAAACAGGAACCAAAUCCAUUCCUUCACUCCACGUUGGACGCUGAUUCACUGAUCAAGAGCCCAACCCCACCACCAAAUAAAGAGCAGGCACGACUGAGCUCGUCAAACAGAAGUCUUCCUCCACUUCAUUUCCCCCCGGAGAUUGUCCCAUUUGAUGAAGCGCUGCGAGACAUCACUGUGCCGAAAUCCAUGCGCCAGUCACAUGAUGUGGGCCUGUCAGAUCCAGUCUCCCGUCAUGGCACACAGUUCCUGGAAAUCAAAAACCUGGAGCGGAGAGAGAUGGAGAAGCAGAUGAAAAUUGAGAACCUAUUUGUGACGUGGCAACAGCGCUCUGCUCAGUCCAAUAUGCCCAUAACAACUGGUGACCUGGAUACCCUUAAACAGUCUUCUCGUCUUGUCCACUAUUGUGCAACUCCACUUCUGUUUGAUCCCAUCUUCAGACAACAGAUCCAAGCAGAGCAACAAGUUGGAUCAGAGGGAAAAAAACGUCAUCGUUCAAGUGAUUCGGCAGCUUCAGGGAGAGACCGUAGUCACAGUUGUGAUUCUGUGGAGACAAUGCCAUCCAAACUGAAGGAGGAGCAGUGGCUGGGAGAAAUCUCAAAUGCAUUCAUGCAGCAAUACAUCCAAUACUUGCAGAGCAUGGGCUUUAUUCUGGUGCAAGUCCGUCCACCUUCUCCUACAAGGAGUUUGGCUCGAACACGGCCUGUGGGGUCCCAGACCACAGACACUCGACCUAUGACAUCCAUCUCCAAGCAAAAAAGUGAUGACAGUCCAAAGAGUAUGGAGAGCUCCAGUGUAAUGACUUAUCACCUACAGAGGGCUCUGCCAGGUGGAAUUGUACUCAUGGAACUUGCUUUCCAGGGCUGUUACUUCUGUGUGAAACAGUACGCCCUCGAGUGCUCCCGGAUUCCAAUGGGACAGUCUGUCAAUUCUCAGGGCUCUCUAGUGUCCAAAGCUCGCACCAAGUGCCUUGCUGAAGUGAGUUCGGUCUCAGAGUCAGCGCUGUCAAUGUUAUUUACCGAGGAGUGUGACAAAGUGCGGGACCUGAUGCACGUUCACUCCUUCAGUUACGAUUUCCACUUGCGCAUCAUUCAUCAGUACCUGGUUGGCCGUCAGAUGACACUAAGGCAAGGCUACCACCUGACCAGCUUCCUGGAGGAUUUUAUCUGUCACCAUCCUGACAUUCCCAAAUACGGAAGGAACCAUAUCUUCGAAGGAAACAUUUGCCUGUCUACAAAUAUGACAACAGCUCACCAGUUAUACAACUACAUCACAGACCAUGCCAGCAUAUAUGGAAUGAAGCCACUGAGGAUGUCAAGAAUGACUGUCAGUAUGGAUAGCAGAAAGGGGACGCAGAACACAGAAAUGCAUGAAUAUGCGCUGGUAGCCCUCUGGAAUAGAUCGGGAUCGUACAAAGAUUCUGAAGGAAUCCGACACCAUGAUGAGUUUGAUGUGUCCUUGUUAGUGUGUCAUAGCGCAGGUCCUUUCGAGGAACAGCCAGAAACAGAACACAACAUGUUGCGGUUACGCUUCUAUGUGAUAAUGACAAGCUGCAGGGAGCUCUUUCCACGACUGACUGCUGAUAUGAGACGCUUUAAGAAACCUCCCCGGACUCGCAGGGAUUCUUUGGACUUGAACAGAGAUUCCUCGUCGGAGAAAUCUGAAACCGAACGGAGAGAGAGUGACCCAGAUGGGUGGGAUGAGGCAAGUGAUUCCAGUGAGUUCUACUCUCACGGGAAGCAGUUUAAGAUGGCACCGGAAUUGUUUUACUCUUCACCGCUCUUCCCACUGCUGUCCUCUGAGGUGGCCACAGCCCAGGAACAGAUUGCAACGAUGGUUCAACAGGCAAAAUCUCACUGCCGUCGCGACGUGCUCUGGCAACGUCUCUUUCUGGGGGAGCAUCUGUCAUCAGACAAAUACAAGAUGAGCAAGCUAACAUUUACAGAGCUCGAGGAGUUGCUGAGUGCAGUGCAUAGCAAAUCCAUCUCCGAAAUUGAUCCACAGCUGGAUUGCUUUCUAUCAAUGAGUACCAGCUGGUAUCAGAGUCUGAUCAAGGUUUUGCUGAACCGAUUCUCCCAGAGCUGCCGACACUUUGUAGAUGCAGACAGAGGAAUCCAGUAUUUGGCAGUGCUGAAUCAGAAGUUUAUUGACUGCUUUGUUCUCAUCUUUCUUAACUCUCAGUCUGGGAAGACGAAUCUUAAGGUUGUGUUUCGAGAGCCACUUCCUGCACAGCCACAAAACAGCGACAGCCCCCUACCUCAGCUUGUAUCCAUGUACUAUCAUCUGGAGUCUGUUAUCAACACAGCAUGCUUCAAUCUUUGGACUGGUCUGCUAUAGUAACACGAUCAUCAACUCUGCCUCUGUUAUCCCAUGGUCUCGUCUGUGAUUGUAAUAGAAAAAAGCAUCAACUCUACCGUGCAUCACUAAGGGGCAAAUGUGCUUCAUUCUGUUGACUUUUGCAUUCACUUUUCUCUGUAAGGAAUUGCAGUGAAGUCAAAUCGGUCAAAUUGAUUCUCGUGUUUUUAACUUAAUUUAUUUUGUAUUUACUGAAUCCUUUGUCUGAUUCAUUAGCCUAUUGUGCCAAUUGGUGUAUUUUUGUUGCUUUAUGUUUUCACCCAUACAUCUUCCCAACAUAUGGGUGAAAAAAUUAUCUCCAGACAGAGCACAACAGCAAGUAUUGUACUCCUUGCGUAAUGAGCGCUGAGCUUUGGAACCAGAUGAUUGAAGGUCUUCUCACUCUUCCCCC